AUGUGCACAUAUCGUGUCACUCUGGAAGGGGGUGGCCGGCCCCCUACUGCCGACUAUGUCGUCAUCGGGCCUCAAUUCAAUGGAGUCGGAGGGAGAUGGGCGCUCUAUUGGAUAUUACAGGGAAGCCAAGUCGCAAAGCUUCCGUUCUUGAAGCUCCGCAAAGUUCUGUGGUCUUCUGAUAUCAAGGUCCAAGAUAUCCUUGAGGUGGAAAAACUCCUGCUCCUACGUGAAAUGGAGGAAUUGGGAACACAAUAUCUUAACCUAGAGUCCGAAACACCUUUCAAUGAUCUAUGA